AUGUCAUCAUCUAAUCUUGCUGGUGGAAAUUUUGGUGACAUAAAAGGUUUUCUAUAUGCUUGGUUAGGUAAACAAAAUAAACUUCCAUCAUAUGAAGUUUCUCAACAAGGUACUAAACAAAGAAUACGAUUUAAAUGUGAACUCACAGUACCAUCAUAUCCUUAUACGGCAAUUGGAAAUUCAACAAAUAAAAAAGACGCACAAACAAAUGCUGCAAUUGAUUUUUGUCAAUAUUUGGUUCGUGAAGGAAAAAUGCCCGAAAAUGAACUUGAACCAUAUCUACCAUCCAAGAAUUCAUCAGUUCUUACAACACAAUCACUUGGAACUUUACCUGCUGGUCUUGUACCACCACAUAUGCUGCAACGUAACACGACAGCAAACGAAGUUGGUCCACCACCUAGUCUUCUUCCAUAUCAACCAGGACCACCAUCUCAUUAUCUUGAACAUAUUCGUUCCGAUCGUAAAAUGCUUGAAGAGCAAGAAGAAACUGACACAAAUGCAUCAAUACACGGAAAUUGGACGAUUGAAAAUGCUAAAGGUCGUCUUCAUCAAUAUUUACAAAAAAAUAAUCUUCCACAAGAAUAUAAAUAUACGUCAAGUGGACCAGAUAAUCUUCGAACAUUUUUUGCUGAAUUAUCCGUUUAUAUACGAGAACGUAAUCAAACAAUUCAUGCACGAGAAAAUGGAUCAACAAAACAAAUUGCUUCAAAAAGUUGUGCACUUGCACUUGUUCGGCAACUUUAUCAUUUAAAAAUUAUUGAACCAUUUACUGGAGAAAAAAAGAAAAAACAAAUUGAAAAAACAACACCAUUUCGUGUUACUGUUAGUAAUGAUAUUGUCAAAGAACUUGAUGAAGUUAUUCAAUUAUUCAAUAUUCAACCAAUUGUGAUAAAUGAACAACAAGAAAAUGGUUCAUUAUUAAAUCCUCAAAUAUUAGAACGUUUUCCUCCAAGUGAACGUCGUACAACAACAUCUAUAAUUCAAUGGGUACCACCAAUACCAAAUUGGAAUCCAUGGAUAGCAUCAAAUAUUGAUGAAGGUCCAUUAGCAACAGCUACAAUGGAAUCAAUUAGUGAAGAUUUACGUCAUGCUGAACAAUCUAAAAUAGAAAAUAAAUUAAAAUGUCGUCUUGAAGAACGUCAAAAUUUACCUGUUUAUCCUUAUCAACAAAAAAUACUUGAACAAAUAAAAAAAAAUAAUGUUAUUCUUAUUCGUGGAGCAACUGGAUGUGGAAAAACAACACAAAUUCCUCAAUAUAUAAUUGAUGAUGCUAUUCAACAUAAUCAAGGUGCUUAUUGUAAUGUUGUUGUUACUCAACCACGUCGAAUAAGUGCUAUUUCAAUUGCUGAACGUGUUUCUUGGGAACGAUGUGAAGAUUUGGGUAAUUCGUGUGGUUAUAGUGUUCGUUUUGAGUCGAUUCUUCCUCGACCAUAUGGUUCAUUACUUUUUUGUACUGUUGGUGUUCUUUUAAGAAAACUUGAAAGUGGUUUAAGAGGAAUAUCUCAUGUUAUUGUUGAUGAAAUUCAUGAACGUGAUAUAAAUACAGACUUUUUAUUGGUUUUACUUCGUGAUAUGCUUAAUGUUUAUCCUCAAUUGAAAGUUAUUCUUAUGUCAGCAACAAUUGAUGUUACUUUAUUUCGUCAAUAUUUUUUUAAUUGUUCAAUAGUAGAAAUUGAAGGACGAACAUUUGAUGUUCGAGAAUAUUUUCUUGAAGAUAUUAUUCAAUUACUUAAUUUUCAACCAAUAAAUUCAUCAUCAACAAGUCGAAAACAAAAUAAUAAAAAUCGUCAAUUACAAGAUGAUGAUGAUGAUCUUGGAUAUGAAGAUUCACAAGCAGAUGAUAUUGAGGAUGUUAAUUAUAAUACAAUUUGUAGUAAAGAAUAUUCUCCACAAACGGCAGCAGGAAUGAGUCAAUUAAGUGAAAAAUCUCUUUCAUUUGAAUUAAUUGAAGCAUUAAUAAUUUAUAUCUGUAGUUUGGGUGAUGAUGGUGCUAUAUUAAUAUUUUUACCUGGAUGGAAUUUAAUUCAAGCAUUACUUAAAUAUUUUCAACAACAUCCAAGAUUUGGUUCAUCUGGAUUUCGAUUUCUUCCAUUACAUUCUCAAUUACCUCGUGAAGAACAACAUCGUGUAUUUGAACAUGUUCCAUCUGGUGUUAAAAAAAUUAUUUUAUCAACAAAUAUAGCUGAAUCAAGUGUAACAAUAGAUGAUAUUGUUUAUGUUAUUGAUAGUUGUAAAGUAAAACAAAAAUUAUUUUCAUCACGUAAUAAUAUGACAAAUUAUGUUACCGUUUGGGCAUCAAAAACAAAUUUAACACAAAGACGUGGUCGUGCUGGUCGAACAAGAUCUGGUUGUUGUUUUUAUUUCUGUUCAAAAGCACGUUAUGAACAUUUAGAUAAUUAUUUAUUACCUGAAAUAUUUCGUACACCUUUACAUGAACUUGCAUUAGCUAUUAAAUUAUUAAAAUUAGGUGAUAUUAAAUUAUUUUUAUCUAAAGCUAUUGAACAACCACCUAUGGAUGCUGUUGCUGAAGCCGAAUUUUCUCUUAAACAAAUGCAAGCUAUUGAUGAAAAUGAUGAAUUAACACCAUUAGGAAAAAUUUUAGCACGAUUACCAAUUGAACCAAAAAUUGGUAAAAUGAUUAUAUUAGGUUGUAUUUUUUGUGUUGGUGAUGCCGCUUGUACAAUAGCAUCAGCAACUAGUUUUCCUGAACCAUUUUUACACGAUGGAAAACAUUUACGUCAUAUGCAUCGAAAUCUUGCUGGAAAUCGUUUUUCUGAUCAUGUUGCUUUACUUAAUGCAUUUCAACAAUAUGAAAGAGAAAAAAAUCGUAAUGGUGAACGUGGUGAAAUUGAAUAUUGUGAUCGUAAAUGUCUUAAUUUAUCAACAAUGCGAAUGACAUAUGAAGCACGAAAUCAACUUCGAGAUAUAAUGUUAAUGUCAGGUUUUCCAGAAGAAUGUUUAUCAUUUCAAUGGUUUGAUGUUGAACAAUCACAUUCGAAAUUAGAUAUUGUAAUAUCACUUCUUUGUUAUGCUCUUUAUCCAAAUGUUUGUUUUCAUAUAUCAAAAAGAAAAUUAUUAACAACUGAAGGUAAAGAAGCCUUAAUACAUAAAAAUUCGGUUAAUUGUGGACGAGAAAUUCCAAUAUUUCCAUCACCAUUUUUUGUUUUUACGGAAAAAAUAAAAACUCGAGCUGUAUCUGCUAAACAAAUGUCAAUGUCAACACCAGUUCAAUUAUUAUUAUUUGCUUCUGAUCAAGUUGAUGUUGUUGAAUCGAAUCUUAUUUGUCUUGACAAUUGGAUUUUAUUAAAUAUGAAUAUUGAAUUAGCAUCAAAAAUAGUUGCAAUACGACCAGCUAUUGAAGCAUUAAUUAUACGAUGUACACAAGAACCAAAUGAUAUUAUUAAUCGUCCAGCAACAGUUGAAAAAUUAUGUUAUUUAAUUCGUCUUUUAUCUGAUCAACAACUUGAACAUAUUUUAUGUGAAAAAAUAAAUGAAAAUAAUAAUACAACAGAAUCAACUGAUUCGAAUUUUAAUGAAUCUUCAUCUGAAUAUCGUUCAAAUGAAUUAUUUCCAUUAAAUCGAGGAUAUAAUCAUAGAUCAUUUCAUGGUGGACGUAAUCGUCCUUUUAAUAGAUAUAAUUAUCGAGGUAACAAUACACCACAACAACAAUAUCAACCGCAAAAUAAUUCGAUUGGUAGUGGUUUUAGUUUCUCACCUGAUCCAACAACAUUCCCGUCUACUCCAGAUAAUUCUUCAUCAUCAUUCAAUAAUAAGAGACAAUAUGAUAAUGCAUUUUAUUCUUCAACAUCAUCGUCAAUGAAUGUUCCACCACAGACAUCAUCUUAUCAAUCUGGAUGGAAUAAUAAUCGUGGUGGAUAUUCAAAUAAUUAUCGUGGUGCUGGUGGAUAUAGUCGAUUUCCGAAACGAAGUCGACCUUAUAAUUAUUAA